UUGAUGAAGAAGAUUUUCUUUUUUUGGUCGGACAUUGUUGAUGUUUAGUUUCCCAAUUUCCAGCUUUCCUUCCUGCAAAAGAUGCACAAACUGACCCUGAUGAUUCACCUCAGUUUGUCUAUCAUGGCUAAGCAUUUUCAGUUCCUUUAUCUUUCGUGCCAUGUCGGUUUCAUUACUAUGUAAUUCACAUAUUCAUGUACCAGAAGCUAUGAUCUGAGGUAUGCUUAUGUUGACAAUGUCUAGCUUUAUGGCAAGAUCUGAAUUUGGACUUGGAGGAUCUCAGAGGCAGGGCAUAGCUUACAGAAUUUCCUAUGUUUUUUGUCUUCUGCUUGAGCUAAACCUUGCCAUAUUUAUUUUUUCCAGGAAAAAAAUCAAAUUUCUACCUCUACGUCCAGCCAUGCAAGUUGUGGGCCCAUGUAAUCUCCCUCAGAGAAAUAAGUGGUCAAACAAGUACAUGGCUUCCACCUUAUCCGGAGUGAGAGGAGAAAGACCACAAAAACAAUAGGAAGCUCUUAAUCCUACCGCAUACUUGUACCAUUACCAGAAUGGGAGGAUAUGACUGCUGCUGCUCUCGUCACUUCCUCUACCGCCACGGCCAGCGGAGGCCGCCUUCGCCAGAGCAGCUGCCGCAACACUUGCGUUUUUGUCUCCAAGUCACCAACUUAUACCCCUCGUUCCCUUCAUGACCACCACAAGUUUUUACUCAGAGUUACCAAUGAUUCGUCGAGGGGGACAGAGUUGUCCCAAGAUCGCAGUUUGGAAAGAUUGGAGGCUGAUAAAAUUGUCGAUGGUAUGGAUUUUGGUGAGCUGUGCAAUGAGUUUGAGUGCAUAAGUAGCCCUUUGGUGGAAUCUACGGCUAGACAACUCGCCCGUGAUAUCUUUGAACUUCGUGAAGGCAAUCGUGCCCUCGGGACAUAUGCUGUGUCUGUCAAAUACAAGGAUCCAGUUAGAAGUUUCACUGGUCGUGAGAAAUAUAAGCGACCAUUAUGGGUUACUAGAGCAUUGGACAAUCCCUCUGUGGCUGUCCAAGAAAUGGUGAUGCUGUCAACGAGUGUCUUAAGUAUCAAGUGGACAAUUAGAGGGAAGCCUAAAUCCGCAAUUUCGAGUGUGGGAGGGGACUUAAUAAUCAAAGUCACCUCCAAAUUUACUUUGAACCAGAUCAGUGGCCAAGUGAUCGAGCACGAAGAAAUUUGGGAUUUGUCGGCAUCAUCACCUAUUGCUCAAGCAUUUUUCUGGACUUCGCGGCGUCUCUUUGCUACAGUUGAGACUGGAAAAGAUUUGACAGAGUACGUCAAGAAUUUCACCGGCCGCUUGUCAACUAAAAAAGAGAACAUGGAUAUUUAUCCUGAUCCCUCGGGUGAUCCAACCAAAUUCUUCCAGAGGGACGCCGGCUUCCAGCAAGACCUCUACCAAAUAGCACUGUUCCUGGCGGUCCUCUAUUUUGUUGUACAGUUCUUGAGGACAACCUUAUAGACUCUGGCUACACGCUGUGUGUAAAAGCAAUUAGUUACUGUAAGUAUUGUAUGAGAAGUUAUACCUCAUGGAAGAAAACUGCAAGUCACUGCACUGGGCAUACUGUUUCUGUAAAAACAUUUCUGUCCCUUUUGUUUGCUUAAUGGUAUAGUUCCCUCCAA